AUGUCUGACGCCGGCGGGGAUAUCCAUCCGCAUGCUAAGCCAUACCCCCAGGCACAUAUCCGACAAGAUCACUCAGCUGCAGGAAGUUCUUCAGAUCAUCACGACCGCGCACCAUCCCCCACUCUCAACCAUGAGAACCACCACGCGCAUACCAACCUCGAUGAUUUGAACUACUUCAGCGGCCCGCGAGAUCUGCAACGACACUCGAAAUGGCCACUUAUCCUGCAGCUGCACGGCUCCAUCAUGCCAUCGCUGAUCAUCCCACUCUUCCUAGUAGCCUGCUGGUCUACUUUGAUCACCAGUCUCUCAAAGCUGGUCUAUCACAAACUCAGCGUCAACUCAGUCCUUCUCACCAUCCUUGGUUUUGUCGUCGGUCUGAGUCUGUCCUUCCGGUCAUCGACAGCUUACGAGCGCUACGCUGAGGGCCGUCGCUACUGGGGAACAUUAGCCACUGCGUCUCAGACCCUCGGCCGCAUAAUCUGGAUCCAUGCCUCUGAGACCGGCGCUGAUGGACAGGGCCCUCGCGAAGUGCUUGUCAAGAAACUGGCAGCCUUGAAACUCAUCGCUGGCUUCGCAGUUGCCCUCAAGCACACUCUUCGCUUUGAGCACUGCGCCAGUCAGCCUGAUAUGCAGCAGUAUAUCGCCCAUCUUGAUACAUUCGCUGGGAGAACUACCAGCGUACCUAAGAGACAACCUUCCAAUCUUAACAAGAUCGCUGGCGAGUAUCUUGGUUUGUCAUUUGCUCAGAGCGACCCAAGAAAGCAUAUCAAGAGAGCCGAGGAACAUCAGGGGAACCUCCCUCUGGAGAUUCUAAAUCAUCUAGCAAUUGCCAUUGACACACUUGUUGCCAACAAACAACUGCCCUUGCCCAUCCAUCAAACUGUCGCGUACAACCAUAUUACCACGCUAAACGAUGUCGCCGUCGGCUGCGACCGUGUCCUCAACACACCCCUUCCCAUUGCAUACACUAUCGCCAUCAGCCAGAUUACCUUUGUCUAUGUCAUUCUGCUGCCAUUCCAAUUGACGGGCCCACUUGGCUGGAUCGCCAUCCCCGCCACCAUCACAGCAGCGUACAUAAUUUUCGGAUUACUGUUUAUCGGUCAAGAGAUCGAGAACCCCUUUGGUCGUGAUGUCAACGAUUUGCCUUUGGAGGUUUUCUGUGAUCAAAUUGCCACGGACCUGGACAUCACGGCGUCUUUUGACAGACGUGGAGGCGACAGAUUUCUCCUGGGAGGAGCACCGUUGUACCCCGUCAGUCAUGUUCAGGGAGGCGCGUGGAUGGAUCAUAGCGAAGAGAAGCUUCGGGAGAGUAUUAAGACGAAGCCUCAUGUUCUCUUCGAUUGGAGACGUCGUGGUGGUGCGAGGUCAUCUGCUCGGGAGGAUGACACUAAAGUGGAAAAUGGAAAUAUGGUCUAA